CGCCCGCCCAGAAUAGACGCUGCACGUGGGCUGCUGCGGACACACGCGCCCCGCGCGCUUAACGUCGCGUUGUGAACUUUACAAAUACUUAUACGUUAACUUCCAAACAAAAUUUUAUUAACAUAGAUACAAAUGUAACACACGAUUCGCUUCUAGUAGUGGCCUUCUUUCCUGACUAUAGAAAUUAUUAUAUACAGUGAUCUGUUAGCCUUAAACGUAACAAAUACGGUAACGAUGUGCCUUAAAGUGUAUUAAUCCUGCGGCGUAUGCCGCCAUUUGACAGCUGCGCGUGAGUCAUCGAAAUGCGAUGUCUGAUACUUUGCCUUUUGCUGGCUCUGUGUGUGAUCCCAGAGCCAGUGCCGGCAUGGAAAGGUGACAUAGUGAAAGCAUGGGCGAGGACACUUGGUCAGGAGUUGUGGGGUCUCAGCGAAGCUCUGACGAAAUCGGAGCAGAUUAGAUUUAAAUAUAAAAAGAUGAAUGCAAGUGUGAAGCGGAAAGAUGGAGAGCAAAUAUUGAAUUCAUCGAUAAGUUCCGUUAGCACAAUGUUGACACAAAAAAUCAAAGCAGUCAAGUGCAUUCACGCUACAGCGCAACAACUAGCUAAGGAGUUUAACUAUACAAUAACUAGGGAUGAAUAUGAUAAUUUCAAAUACUGCUCGGCAAAGUAUUCCAAGUUCCAUUAUGAAGACCCAGCUGAUGCCAUAGAUGAGGAUGAUGACACCAAUAUACCAAAUUUUGCGAAGAACGGAACCAACUAUAUGGAGGUUCAGUUGGAGAGGGAUACACAUUUCUACGAUAUUAAUGUUAAUACUAAUAUGAGUUGUGUACAUGUGCCCACAAAUAUUUACUACAAAGAAAAAGAAGCGCUUAAUUCUAUAUUAUGGUCUAGAGGUCUCAACGAUAUAUUUAUCAAAAACUAUAAGUCCGAUCCGUCAUUGGUGUGGCAAUACUUCGGCAGCUCCCGCGGCAUCCUGAGGUUUUUCCCGGGAAUGCCUUGGAACAAUCGUAAGAUAGUGGACACGUACGACUGUCGGGUUCGUCCUUGGUACAUAGAAGCGGCUACCUGUUCCAAGGACGUGAUUAUCCUGUUUGAUGUUUCCGGAUCAAUGACCGGAUUCAAGAAUUACGUUGCAAGGAGAACGCUUAGAUCGCUCCUGGACACUUUAUCUAACAACGAUUACGUCAACGUGUAUUAUUUCAAAAAUGAAGCUGCGGAAGUAGUGAAGUGUUUCGUUGGCUUAGUGCAAGCCACACCUGAAAAUCUCAAGACUAUCACGGACACACUGGAGCCCACUGACAAUGGGAAGACACACAAAGUGCAGUUGGAGGGAAAUGCCAACCUGACCGCAGCGUACAUAAAAGCUUUUACAACACUCAAAGCGAAACGGACGAACUGCAGCGUCAGCAGCACGCAGGGUUGCAACCAGCUAGUGAUGGUCAUCACGGACUAUGUGCCGGGAAACUUAACAGAAGUGUUCGAGACUUACAACAGGGAGACUGUCGGCAAUGAGACCUAUACUCCUGUUAGGGUCUUCACUUACCUAAUAGGCAAAGAGGUCACCAACGUGCGCGAAAUACAGUGGAUGGCUUGUUUAAACAGAGGAUACUUCGUUCACAUACAUUCAGUGGAGGAGGUGCAACAGCAAGUGUUGAAGUACAUCAAUGUCAUCGCUCGGCCAAUGAUCCUGUCUAUGGAGGACCCCCCGCAAACCUGGACGCAUGCCAACAUCGACUACACGCGAACUUCUUUGUGGGGGGUGAGCAGUGAUGCGAAGAAGCCCGACGAAGACAAACUAGUGACAUCAGUGGCGAUUCCCGCGUUCGACCUCAAGUACAACGUGGAUCACAACGACGCCAUGCUACUCGGAGUGGCGGGCACCGACGUGCCCAUAGACAGCAUUGCUAAAUUGGCACAACCUCACCAGCUCGGUGUGAAUGGGUAUUCUUUCAUCGUGAGCAACAACGGAUAUUUGCUAUUACAUCCGCUAUUAAUAACAACAAUCAACGAUGUGCUUCAAGCGAACUAUAACAGCGUGGACUUCGUGGAAGUGGAACAAGUGGACGACGGCAACGGGCCACGAGUGCUCGGCGAGGAGAUCCAGACCCUGCGCCAGAUGCUGGUGGAUGGCAAGCACGGCAACAUGAGCGACAUUAAAGUUCUCUUCCACUACGAUAACAUGAGGAGGAUAGCUCGGGUGAAGCACGAUUAUUUCUAUAACAAAUUAGAGGGUACCCCAUUCUCGAUGGGCAUAUCGUUACCUCGAGGAUACGGCGAUACGGAACUUAUGCUGAAGGACAAUCCACUGGAGGCUAAACAAGGCAAAGAACUGACUGGCAUCAACGUCACUGACUACUUUCGUUUUAGUUACCGCGUCCAUCCUGACUGGGUUUACUGCAAGUACCAUUAUCUAGAAGGGCACGAAUCGAAUAAUUCAGAAGAAGAAAUUUGGUCCUUUUUGGUUCGCCUGUCUAACAAUGAAAUUGAUAUCACUAAGAAACAAUAUCCUGAAGAGGCAGACGAGCGCGAUUUUAAUGUAGAAACGCACUGCGGCGACGCUACGACCCAACUGCAGAAAGACGAUUAUUAUUGCAACGAGGAUUUGGUCAAACAGUUAGUGUUCGACGCGAAGCUAUCAGCGCCAUACUUCCAGAGUUGGGACGCGACACCCGAACAAUAUUCCCUCGCUCAGAAAUAUAAUGUUAGCGUCAGAUUCAUAGCCACUUCCAGCGGUCUCACCAGAUGGCAUUAUAUAUUUGACGAGGAUAUGAACGAAGUUGUCGACGACUACGGAAACAGGACGAAGAAUUGCACUGAGGAAGCAUUCGGAGACCGAUAUUUCAAUGCCAUCGAAGAGACGUGGUACAAAGCAGCAGUCCUUCAGCACAUGAUCAAUUCUGCUUCUCUGGUCAUCGCGACUCCACUUCCGAACCUCGAUGAGAUCAUAGAACCAAAAGUAGUGCCGGAUAAAGACAAGGAUAUAACUAUGACGGCGAGCUACGCUAUAUUCUAUAAGGACGGGGAUUCGGAGACACCGGCAUCUGUAGUAGGAUUCGAAUUCUCUUUUGAUAGUUUUCAAGAAAGAUUUAUUGAAAUCACGAGAGUAACCUCUGAUAAGCAUUUUAAUUGUGAAGACGACCGCUACAACUGCUAUGUGGUAGACAGUUCCGGUUACGUAGUAAUGUCUAGGGACAAGGAAGAGAUCGGGAAAUUCUUUGGAGUUGUGGGAGAACAUACGGGACAUGUGCUCAGCUCUUUCCUGGACAAGAAGGUGUUCGAUCACGUUGAAGUAUUUAAUUAUCAAGCGCUCUGUAAGAAUGAGAGACUGCAAGCCCCACCUAAUAGAGCCUGGGGUAUAUUGACGCCCUUCAAUGUCGUUACGAAUCUAAUGCGCUGGCUCUUGACUGAAUUUAUCUUGAUAAUAUCGGAUGUAUCUUGGUGGAACCUCAGCUCCUACGCAAAUGUUAUCUAUGAUAACGAAGACUACGACUUAAACAGCUUGGGCAUCACAGAACCCCCUUCAACGACAACACUGCCACCGCCCACAAGGAACGAGUCAAAUCCAGGAAAAGACGACGAAAAGAAACCGUUUUCUUGUGACCAACAGAUAAUUCUAUACAUAUUGAACCAAUCUUUAUUCUUAAACACUAUGGGCGAAACUAUAGUGGUGCACGAAGACGAACCAGGGGAUUGUCAUCCGAGAUACUGGGCGGUGUAUAUAAGAGAGACGAAUUUAUUGUUAGUGGUUGUGGAAAAUUCUUACGUGAAAUAUAACAGCAAUUGUACAAUCCCACCGAAUACGACGCCUGAGCCAACGUCGAAUUCAACGACGAGCAAGGAACCGUGUCAUAAGCUAGAUUUGGCGAGUUUGAGAAGACGAAGGCUGGAAGGAUGUUUUACCUAUCAUGAAGGGGAGAAGAACAUUACAGCGUGCGGUAUCGGCAGCAUCAUGAGUGUGAACCUAGUCAUCUUCGUAGUUUGCAGUAUUCUAGCACUUAUAUUUUCUGGUUGGACGUGAUGAGCAUACACCGUUUGUACAUUUGUUACUUUCGCAAUAAAACCUGUUGCAC